UAAUCGAAGAAUAAAAGUGAAAUCUUAAGUGGUUCUCCCGGGCGGAAAUAGUAAUGCACUAUUUGUUUUGGAACCGCGUCAGAUCUUGGGUUAAUACAGGUGCUAGCUGUCAAAAAAAAAUUGUACCGAUGAUAAUUAUCUAAUUACACCGAUUUAUCAUACGAAUUGCUCAUAAAAGCCAUUAGUUCGAUUAUUAAACGAUGGAAAAGCAACCGCUGACUACAGGAAACGAUAAACCUCCGUCUUACGCAGCAGCCACUGCGCCAAUAACUAAUUCUUCAUGGCAACCACAGCCAGGUUACAAUGCAACACAAUCUGCAGGGUCUACUUCAUGGCCUCCACCUGCAGGGUAUUAUCCUAGCGCAAGUGGAACUAAUAAUCAUAAUUAUGUACCUUCCUAUGGUUCUACACAAUCAACCACUAUACUUAUGCCAGAAAUAAUUUUAGUUGGAGGGUGUCCUGCAUGCAGAGUGGGUGUAAUGGAAGAUGAUUUUACAUGUCUGGGACUACUAUGUGCAAUCCUGUUCUUCCCAUUAGGGAUAAUAUGCUGCUUACUAUUAAAGACUCGACGUUGUUCUAAUUGUGGUGCCUAUUUUGGUUAAUGUGUUACAUAUUACAGUCUUAAUUUUUAUGCUAUCAUUGUGUAGAUAUGGAGGAAUUAGUGGUUAAUUAAUUAACCAGAAAAAAUUAAUUUUUUACUAGUAUUGUGCAUCCACGUAAUUAUAUAUUUAAACUAACAUUAUAAGAGGAAGUAGUGUUCCAAUGAUCAGGGAUGUGUACAAUAAUUGGUAACUUAGUUAAUUGUGGGAAACACAAGUUUGUAAAAUAUUGACAUACAAUUAAGGGGUUCCUCUACACAUUUAAGACUUUGUUGAUUUAAGACAAUUUAAGUGGAGCUUGUGCUAUUUUGUAAACUUUAUGCAGAAAGUUCUGAUUAAUAUUGUUGCAUUUUGUUAUAACAUAUGUUACUUUAUUACUAUAAUGAAUAAUGAAAGAGUUUAUAUCUGUAUCUAUUUAUAUAAUUGCAUAUUUCAAAAUGUAGAUAUACCAUAGUUUCUAGGUAUGUAUAUUUUUAUCAGGCGAUAAAAGAAGCAAUGGAUACUGUGAAAUAGUUAUGUACCAUGUACUUAGAAUAUGUUUCUAAUGACAAAAAAGCUAUCUCAAACAGAUUUCAUUGAAAUUCUUCUAUACCUAAUAUCUACAUAGAAUUAACAUAUAAAGUAUUUUAAAAUACUUCUUAAAAUAACUUGUCAAAGCUUAUAUAUUUUAUGAAAAAUAAAUUCAAUGAAGUUUGUGCCUUAUAUCACUGUAAAACAGUCUCCUGAUACAAAAUUAUACGUAAUAUGUUUUUAAAAAUACGUUUGAAUCUCAAAGGAAAUGUCAGCAAGUCUUUUUCCUAAAUGCAAUCAAUUUUAUAAAAGAUGUGUGAGUGUAUAAUGAAACUUAUUAAUCACUCGCAUUACAAUUUAUAUUUUUAAAAAUAAAACAGUAUUUAACUGUAUUGGAACCAUUUUAAGCUAUUAUAAAUAUCAUUUCUACUUGUUACAUUGGUCCAGAUCUGACUUUUAAAGGAAGUUUUUCCUAAUAUUAUGCUGACUAGAUUCAAACGAAAAGAAUAAUAUGCUCUGUUAUGCAAACCAAUGUACUAGAACAUUAAAUAUGUACCUGAAAAUAUGAAAUAUUUUUCUAAUAUUGGAAGCUAUUAAUGAUUCAUCUAUAAACAAAAAAACAUGUUUGGCUUGUCUAAAAACAUAUUUGUAUAAAAAAAUGAAGUUGUUAUUAAAAUUAUCAUUGUUAUUAAUAUUUAAAAUGAAUUAUUAGAUCACCAAAAAUAUUUGAUACGGGGAAUUAGCGAUAUUUAAAAGUUAUAGGCAGAGGAAAAUCUGCACUCAUAGAAAGUUUUUUCAAAUUUAAAAUCUAUUGUGUAAACAUUGUGUAACUCACAAAAACAUACAUAUAUCCAUAGAUAAGUGUCGAGUAUUAUUCGUUAAACAGUAUAGUCAAUGCUCGAUUAUAAAUAAAUUAUUUUUAAAAAUUUAUUUUUUUCAUCAAACAUAAAAACUAAUAUGUUUCACUAUUACAAAUUAUGAAUAGUGUUGUUGAUAAUUUAUAAGGAAUGUUUUUGUGAUUGAAGUUUGGUACUGAUUGGUGGUUGUAAUUUAAGAAAGUCUCAUCCCAAUGAUACUUGACACCAUACACGCGAUACGUAAAUGAUACAUUCGCAAUGCAUAUUCAUUUAUGCAUAUACGACCCAAGUAUUUUGUUUUCGUCGCAUUAUUGGAGUCUAUAUAAUCAUUAUCGAUCAUUGUAUCAUCAAUCUCGUAAAAAUAUUACAUACAAUAAUUUUCAAUUUUUGUUCAUUUUCAUUACAUAAUCAGUAAUAAGCAAUUUUGAUUGAUUAGCAUUGAAAAAUAUUUACAACUGGCUCUAAGCAUCCAGUUUCUUCUCAGAAUAUUUGUAGUGCGUCAAAGUUCCUAGAAGAGAUUGAAUAUCAUUCAAUUACGUGUUAAGGACAAAAAUUAUUGGUGACUGCAUUUGCAUAUAUGUAACUUAUUAUUGGACGUAAUAAAAUUAUGUAAUAGAAUCCAUCUCAAAUAAUGCAUAGCUCCACCAAAAGUACCAGCUAUUACCAUUACCGGUAACGAGCAUCAACAACUUGAAACAAUUUCGAUCUUGCGCAUCACCCUUAAAGAGAAAGUGAAGAAAACGUGUUAAAAUAACAAAUAUUAAAAAUAAAUAGUUUUAUUUCUGUAUAAGUCAUUAGUGAAGUCAUUAAAAAAGAUUGUUAUAGUAUCUAA